AUGUCCGUGCCUAGUCCUCCGCCACCGCGAGGCGCAGGAAGCCCGCCGCUCUCUUCGCAAUCCUACCACUCCGCUACCAUUACAGCAUCAAACGGCCCGGUUGGCGCCACUACCUCGUCGGUCUCUGCCCUGGACAAUCUGCACAGCCCGAACGACGCAGCGACCAAGCUCGCCGAGGCGAUCGACGACUUUCUGGGCGACCUGGAGAAGAAGUUCAAGGGGAUAAGCGAUGAGAUACUCACGAAGCUGGAUGACAUGGCAGAGCGGUGUGAUCGGCUGGAGCAGGAGAUGUUGUUGAGGGAUGCGAGUGCGAUGGAGAAUGUCGGCGGUGGCAAGGCCGGGAGCACGGCCGGGUCGAGCUGA